AUGGCGAACGUCGACGAGACCGUUGCCAAUGUGCAACGCAAAAUCGACCGUGAAAGGGCCCUCAUCAACGCCGCCAAUGCCAUGCGCCAGUCGACCAACAACCCGGCCGUGCUUUCCCGCCUCGAUGGACAGAUCAAGGACGGCCGCCGGAACAUUGACUACUUCGAGUCGAAGCUGCGGGACCUGGACGUGCAGAGAACGUCUACAGGCAUGGAGAACAUGAGUUUGCAACCAGGCCGCGGCCCCAACAACCCUUUGACUCCUCCCCCGAAAGACGGCUGGAACGGCUAUGUGCAAGAACAGGGAGCUUAUGGCGGCCCUGAAAGCCAGUACAGCCAGCUUAGCGGAGGGCAAGCUCUGCAGCCUCCUCGCGCGCCAUAUGCCCCGCCAGCUCCCGGCGCGCCCAACAAGCGACCGAACUUCAGCAAACUGGACCUCAUCAAAUAUGAUACCCCGCAUCUCGGUCCCCGCAUCCAGCUCAUGCUGUCCCAGCUCGAAUUCAAGCUCAGUGUCGAAAAGCAGUACAAAGAUGGAAUCGAGAAGAUGGUGCGGUUAUACCAAAUGGAAGGCGACCGCAAGAGCAAGGCAGACGCAGAAGCCAAGCGCAUCGAGAGUAACCAGAAGAUCCAGCUGUUGAAGCACUCGUUGAAGCGUUAUGAGGAUCUCCACGUCGACAUUGAGGGCGACGCCGAUGGCGACGAUGACAGUUUGAACAUUCCGAGUCAAAGAAAACCUUUGAGCGGUCACCUCUCCCUCCGCGUACAUGCCGUCGCCGAUGUCGAUCACGCAGCUACUGGGCGCUUUAGUCGAGGCCCGGAAACAUUUGUCAACAUCAAAGUCGAAGACUCAAUCAAGGGUCGCACAAAGCCCACACGGAACGACCGCUGGGUCGACGAAGUCCACGACUUCGCCAUCGACAAGGCGAACGAGAUCGAGAUAACCGUAUACGACAAGACGGGCGACCAUCUUCUGCCCAUCGGCAUGCUAUGGGUCCGCAUAUCAGACAUUGCCGAAGAAAUGCGAAGGAAGAAGAUUGAGACGGAGCUCGCAAACUCAGGCUGGGUGGCUGCUGACAAGAUGGGAGGAGCUGCAGCCGGCAUUCAGCCCGACAUGCAGUUCCAGCCGCCGCCAGGGCAGAACUUUGCAGGCGCCGGUGCUGGAGGUCCUGGUCCUGCUGGCGCGAGACCGGGUGGUCCCCAACCUCAAACAGGACCCGUUAUGAUUGACGACUGGUUCUCACUGGAGCCAGUAGGUCGCAUCCACCUCACCAUGUCCUUCGCCAAGAACACCGGCAACAAGCAACCCUUCGAUCUUGGUCUUGGUCGUAAAGGUGCCGUUCGUCAGCGUAAAGAAGACGUCGUCGAGCAAUACGGGCACAAGUUCGUCCAGCAGCAGUUCUACAACGUUAUGCGUUGUGCGCUCUGUGGAGAGUUCCUCAAGUAUGCUGCUGGUAUGCAGUGCUCGGACUGCAACUACACGUGUCACAAGAAGUGCUACCCCAAGGUUGUUACCAAGUGCAUCACUCAGUCCAACGCCGAAACCGAUCCAGACGAGGCUAAGCUCAACCACCGCAUUCCUCAUCGCUUCGAAAACUUUUCCAACAUGGGUGCCAACUGGUGCUGUCACUGCGGUUACGUCCUGCCACUUGGUCGGAAACAAACCAAGAAGUGCAAUGAAUGUGGUCUCACCUGUCACGCUCACUGCGUUCACUUCGUACCUGACUUCUGCGGUAUGUCCAUGGAAGUGGCUAAUCAGAUUUUGAUGGAAAUCAAGAGGACGAGAAGAGGACAGUCAUCGUCGGGCCCAGGCAUGAGCGGACGGACCCUGCGACCGGAUAAGCCAGCAAAACCUCUGCCACCAGCGCAACCUCAAUCUCCAGGUCAACCCGGUCAAGACCAAGCCCAAUCCGACAGGUACUCUUACGGAAAAGAGCAGAUGAGUCCUCCGCCUGGUCCUCCACGACAACAAUCCUAUGCCACAUCGGCGGCGUCAAUCGAUGCGGCAAGAGCCUCCUUCUCUGGAUCCAGCUCUGGCGCGGCUCCCACAUCGCCUACUGCAGGCUCAAGACCUUCGUCGGGCCCACGCACUCAAUCUUCGAUCGCUGCCGCUGCAGCUGCGAUGAACAAAACCACGGCUCAACCUGCCUACGGCCGCAGUAACACGGACUAUGCGCCACCGGGCGGAAGGACGUCAGGCAGUGGAUACCCAGCAGAUCAACGCAUACCACAACAGCAAGCUCCUCAAUCAGCCACCUACGAUCCAUCGGCAUAUGCCAACAUCCCGAGCUACCCACCGAGCCAUCAACAACCCGCAGCGAUGCCCAACUACCCACAAAAGUCUUCAUACGCUCUACCACAGCCAUCGCCACAAGCGCAACCCCCGCACCAGCAGCAAGCGCCUCCUUCGCAACCGAAGAUGCAAGAACCAUCUGCGCCCGCGAAACAACCCCCGUCGGCGGUAAUAGAAGCACCAGGCAAGAAGGUCACACCGGCAGCGAACACACAAGGAACAGGAAAGAGGAUAGGCCUGGACCACUUCAACUUCCUUGCAGUGCUGGGUAAGGGUAACUUCGGAAAGGUCAUGUUGGCUGAGACGAAGAGCACCAAGCAGCUCUACGCUAUUAAGGUCCUGAAGAAAGAGUUUAUCAUCGAAAACGACGAAGUGGAAAGCACACGCUCAGAGAAGAGAGUCUUCUUGAUCGCGAACAAGGAGAGGCAUCCGUUCCUCUUGAGUUUGCACGCUUGUUUCCAGACCGAGACCCGUGUGUACUUUGUCAUGGAGUACAUUAGUGGUGGUGACUUGAUGUUGCACAUUCAGAGAGGCCAGUUCGGCACCAAACGCGCACAGUUUUAUGCUGCCGAGGUCUGCCUUGCACUGAAGUACUUCCACGAGAACGGCGUCAUCUACCGCGAUCUGAAAUUGGAUAACAUUCUGCUCACGCUAGAUGGACACAUCAAGAUCGGUGAUUACGGAUUGUGCAAGGAGGAGAUGUGGUACGGAUCAACUACCAGCACCUUCUGUGGUACUCCCGAAUUUAUGGCACCAGAGAUCCUUCUUGACAAGAAGUACGGCCGAGCCGUUGACUGGUGGGCCUUUGGUGUGCUCAUUUACCAGAUGCUUCUCCAGCAAUCACCGUUCCGUGGUGAAGACGAAGACGAAAUCUACGACGCCAUUCUUGCCGACGAACCCCUCUACCCAAUUCACAUGCCGCGCGACUCCGUAUCUAUCCUUCAGAAACUGCUCACCCGCGAGCCUGAGAUGCGUCUUGGAUCUGGACCGACCGAUGCGCAAGAGAUCAUGUCACAUGCUUUCUUCAGGAACAUCAACUGGGACGACAUCUACCACAAGCGAGUACAACCGCCAUUUACGCCACAGAUUACGAGCCCAACGGAUACUAGCAACUUCGAUACCGAGUUUACAAGUGUCACACCUGUGCUUACGCCUGUGCAGUCUGUGCUUUCACAAGCCAUGCAGGAAGAAUUCCGUGGCUUCUCGUACUCGGCUGAUUUCGCCUAA